AUGUACACUGGUUAUAAAGUUAAAAAAUGUGCUUUGAACUUGAUUCCUACGGCGAUCUCAUGCAUCGGCGGAUUGAUAACGGAAGCCGGACGAUGUAAGAAAUGGUAUCGACUUAAGACCUAUGAAAAAAAUAAUCGCGAUCCCUUCGAAAAAUACGAUUCUAAAUCGAUUUGUUUUUGGUAUUUCUUGGGCCCAUACCUUGUGUUGGGUCCGGCGAUUGCAAUUAGCGUUCAAGAACCAAGAGAAAAGGAACGUAGAUUUCCAAAUCUUCAGCGUGAUGUGGAUUACCCGAUUAGGUUAUGA